AGACGAAGUCGGUUUCGCGAAGGAUCGACCCAUCCAUCACAGCGAAGAGGAAACCCGUUCUAGUCCCACGCACGCAGAGAGAGAGAGAGAGAGAGGGAGACAUACACAUCGACAGAGAGAACGAGACAGAGACGUAUCGAUACUUCCAGAAUACCUAUCGUCGCGACACACGCUAGAAAGCCGGAGAGACGGAGCUUGUGAGAAGGAAGAAACAGCUCGAGAAAGAAACCAGAGAGCGGCAAGCGAGAAGACUCAGGAGGAAAAGGACCGGCGAAUAAGAGGACCGCAGCAACAUAGUCACCACCAACGAUGCUUAUCGAAAUCCUUCUCGUCUGCUUGUCGGCUGCAGUGCCGCUCAUGCUAUGCCUAGCCACGCUACAUCUCUGGCGUCUGCACGUCAACGCUUCCCGGGACCGCGCCUGCGGCCUGCCUCUACCGCCGGGUACCUAUGGAGUUCCAUUCAUCGGAGAGACGGCGCACUUCGCUAUCUGGGGCGCCGAGUUCUACAAGUGCCGGCGGGAAGCGUUCGGACACGUCUACAAGACGCACAUACUCGGCCAGCCGACAAUUCGCGUCAUCGGCGCCGACAACGUCGCCAAGGUGCUGCGAGGCGAGGGCACGCUAGUGACGAGCAAGUGGCCAGCCAGCGUACGAAUGCUACUCGGCGACGGACUCGUAUCGGCAGAGGGCGACACGCUUCGUCGGCGCCGACGCGCCGUAAUGCGGGCGUUCGACGCGACGUCGCUGGCUAGCUACGUGCCAGGCAUCGAGGAGGUCGCCGCCGACGUCGUUCAACAGUGUUUGGACGCCGACGACGUCGUUCUGCUGCAGCCGAAGAUCAAGGAGAUGACGUUUCGCGUCGCAGCCGACUGUCUGCUGGGCAUCGACUUCCGGGGCAGCGAGCUGAGCGAAUGGGCCGCCCUCUACCAGAACGUGCUCAAUAACCUCUUCAGUCUUCCCGUGAAGAUACCCGGACUCGGCUUGUACAAGGCUUUGAAGUCCAGAGAUCAACUGUUCGUGAAGAUGGACACGCUGAUAGAUCGGGAACUCGAACACUUGACCAGCGGUACCGAUCACAUACCAAACGGGAAGGCAUUCUCCCGCCUGGUGACCGCCUGGCACGCAGACGCCGCCAGCGAGUCCGGGAUCUCGCGAGAAGAACUAAAGUUCGCCAUCUUCGAGAUGCUUCUGCUCGGACACGAGACGACGAGCAGCGCAUGCUCGAUGCUAGCGAUGCAGCUCUACAAAAACCCGAAGGCCCUCGGCAAAGUUCGGCAGGAGCUGGAAGACUUUGGCCUGACGGACCCAGAAGCCCCGCUGAAGCUGCCGCUGAUCAACAAGUUAGACUAUGUCAACAGCUGCGUUAAGGAGGUGCUGAGGAUUCUACCACCGACAGGUGGCGGUUACCGUCGUGUGCUGCAGACGUUUGAAAUAAACGGCUUCCAGAUUCCGAAAGACUGGACCGUCAUCUAUAGCAUUCGCGACACUCACGAGGUGCAGGACACGUCGCCGCGGCCCGACGUCUUCUGUCCGGACCGCUGGACGAACGGCGGCGGCGCGGCGACGUCGAAGACGACCGACUACAGCUACAUUCCGUUCGGCGCCGGAGCGCGCGCCUGCAUCGGCCGCGAGUUUGCCAAGCUAGUCAUGAAGGUGUUCUGCGUGCAGCUGGCGCGGUCGUGCUCCUACCGUCUGCUGAACGCCGACGGAGCGCUGCGGCUGCUGCCCGUGCCGGCGGCGCGCGACGACAUGCCGGCGACGUUCAUGAGUCGCAGCGACGUCAACAACAACGUCACCAUCUCUUGCUGA